GCGGCGCGUGCGCACAUUCCACGUACGGUGUGUGACAUCGGCGACGCGGUACGGACGACAAAUACCGCUUCUUGAUAAAUAACCAUUAGAUACAUAUAUCUAUAUUAAGUUAUAUUUUACUUUAAACCCCAAAAAAUACUCUAAAAUAGAAAUAGUGAUAAAGAGAGUCAUAAAAUAAUCAAAAAGCUGUAUGUGUUAUAGAAAUUCGAAUUAUAUAUUGACAAUUUAUGCAAACACCUUGAGUUUUCGCAAAACAAUUAAAUAAAUAAAAUAGUAUUUGUAGGAAACAGACGUUUUUGGUCUAAAUUGUCAGUUAUAAAGUGAUACGUGGUGAUAUAGACAAUAGAUAUUAAAGUUACAGUUAAUUUUAAAGUAGAAAAUAAGUAAAAUGGGAAAUGAGGAGAAGGCUUCGACGGAGAAGGCGGGUCACGUGGACACGGACGCGCUGAUGCAGGAGUUGGGGCAGUUCCGCAAGUUCCACGUGCUGAACUACUGCCUGCUGGGCGUGGUGCCGUUCGUGCUGGCCCACUACGCCAUCAAUUAUGUCUUCCUGGCAGCUGAUGUUGAUUACAGAUGUGUGGUGCCGGAAUGCGAGUCCGCCAACAGCACGGUGUACAGCCCCUCGUGGCUGCAAGGUGCGCUGGGCGGCGGCGCGCGCGAGCGGCGCUGCUCCAGCAAGGCCCCCGUCGACGCCGAGCUGCCGUGCGAGGCGGGGGCCUUCUCCGAGCAGCUGCGGCCCUGCGACCACUGGCUCUAUGCUUCCAGCGAUACCAUCGUGGCAGAGUUCGACAUGGCGUGCCAGGAGUGGAAGCGCACGCUGGUGGGCACCAUCCACAACGUGGGCAUGCUGGUGUCGCUGCCUAUCAUCGGAUACAUCUCAGAUCGAUGGGGCCGCAAGCGCGCCUUGGUGCUGAGCUGCACGCUGGUGGGCGCGAUCGGCUCUCUCAAAGCGUUCUCCGUCUCCUACGAGAUGUACGUCGUCGUCGAGUUCCUGGAGACGGUCGCCGGCGCCAGCGCCUUCCCGGCUGCUUAUAUUCUAACCAUCGAGCUGCUCGGCCAGGACAAGCGAGUCCUCACGACGGCAUUCCUGGGCAUCAUGCUGGUCAUCGGCGGCCUGAGCUUCGCCCUCCUCGCCAAAGCCUUCCCCUACUUCCGCACCUUCAUCCUCGUCGCGUACCCACCUUCCUUACUCUUCCUCUCCUACAUAUACUUCCUCCCCGAAAGUAUACGAUGGCUGUUGUCCAAAGGUCGCAGGGAGGAAGCUUUGGAAAUAGUUUUGAAAGCGGCCAAGAUGAACAAUGUGACGUUAUCAGAUGAGACGAUGAGACAGUUGACUACUGUGGAGGAGAAAGUCAAGAUAGAUGACAAGAAGGAGUCAGUGGAAGAGGGAGGGUUGUGGGUGCAAGUGUUGCGCUCCCCGAUCAUAAUGACUCGGCUAGCUAUAUGUUCGUGGUGGUGGAUCACCUGCACCUUUGUGUUCUAUGGUCUAGCGAUCAACUCGGUUUCCCUGGCAGGGGACAAGUACACUAAUUACAUGUUGGUAGUGAGCGUGGAAGUCAUCGCAGUGGUGACCAACGCGUUGGUUUUGGAUCGCAUCGGAAGGAAGACUACGUUAUUGAUAGCGUACCUUGUCUGUGGAUUCUCUUGUGUGGCGAUUGCGUUUGUACCGACCGCGAUGUCGUGGCUGACGACGCUGCUGUACCUGGUGGGCAAGGUCGCCAUCACGCAGGCCUUCAGCGGCAUCUACAUGUACACGUCGGAGCUGUUCCCCACGCAUGCGCGCCACUCGCUGCUCGGCUUCUGCUCCAUGGUCGGCCGGGUGGGCUCCAUCGUCGCGCCGCAGAUGCCGCUGCUGGCAAUCUACAUCGAGUGGCUUCCAUCGGUUCUGUUUGGCGCCACAGCGCUGGUGGCGGGCGGGCUGAUGCUGACCACGCCGGAGACGCUCAACACGAGGCUGCCCGACACCAUCAAGGAGGCGGAGUGCAUCGCCGCACAGCCACGGGACAACAAACAACACAGCAGUAGUGGCGUCAUUCCAGACGCGCAAGCUACUUCUAAAUUUUAAAUUAUAGUUCAACGACAUAAUAUUAUCUUGACUAUAAAUUCCAGUGUAAGUGAAAGUGUAAAAAUUGAAUAAAAAUAUAAUUUUCAUUUAAUACCGAAUUUUUACAAAAUUGUGUAUUAUUAGUUACAAUAGAAAGUGUGGUGAAAGUUUAAUUGACUUGGGUAAGUCGAUGAACUCAAUGAUGAUAUGAAAUUAUUAUAUUAUUUAUUUAUUCCUUUAUUGGGAAUAUUGUGAUAUAAAAUAAAUAUAUGUUAUUUUAGUAUUAACAUAAGUAGGUAUAUACUUAGGAAUACGAAUCUUAUUUUGAUAAUACUUACAAUAAAUCGCCAUUGAAGGUAAUAUUGUUACAAAGGCAGAUGCCGCAAUGCUCGCGAUAGUAGGUAUGUUUUGUGUGAAAAGAUUAUAUUUCUUGUAUAAUUA